AUGCCACCGUUUAAGAAGGUCGAAAUAGUUGCUGCAGGCGCUAUCAAGUUCAUUGAGCUUCUCAAAUUUCAGUGCAACCAGGCUGUGGUGCAUCGACCGAUCAUCAUGUAUAUGUCCAUGCAUGAGAGGGUCAUCAACCGAAUCAAAGAGAGGAAGUGCGCCAUCGACUUCUUGCUGAAACCAGCUGCAUACCAGAUCUGUAGUACCUAUCUAAAAAGGUUUGGUCAUAGAUCAAGAGCCAUAUCAUCAAUCCCAUAUGGUUGUAUUGAUAGGGAUAUUUCACAUACGGUAUACAGGAAAGCAGCAAGGCUAAGAACAGAGAGAUUUCUACUUGUUCUUGAUGGUGUUUCUAGCUACCCCCGUGCAAUGGAUGACAUAGUCAUAAUAUUAUUGGGGGGUAGCAAGGCAGGAAGCAAGGUCAUCAUUACCACCAUAUAUGAUCCCUUGGCAAAAAGGAUGGAUGGGUGCCAUAUUCUUUCUGUAGAACCCUUGCCAAUGGAAGACCUUGGCUACCUGUUCAUGGAAAAUGCAUUAGGCGGUGAACAUCCUGAAGAAUACCGGAAACUACUAGUUAUUGGGAAAGAGAUUGCUGAGACCUUAAGAGAAUGCAGUCCUUUGGCAACAAAAGUUGUGAGCGGACAACUAAGAGACAAUCUCAAUGAGAAGUACUGGAGCACUGUCUUGAGACACUGUCAGCAAUUAGUUGCACCUCGUUCCAAGUUAAAACCUUUCAUUCUAGGUUGCAAGCUUCUGCCUCACCACCUACAAAGUUGCUUUGGAAUAUUUGGUACGUACCCACGCUGGAAGUUCACACAUGAGGACUUGAUAAGCCUGUGGGUGCGCAACGGUCCCAUCAGCGACAAGGGUAGAAAAACCAGCAUAGAGAAUGUUGCAGCAGAAUGCUUUGAUGACCUAUUGAGGAAAGCAUUCAUACAACCAAACCAAGUUUAA